AUGUAUUACAAGAAAAACAACAAAGGGGCGAACACGUACGGCGAAGCCAGACGAGGCAAAGGCCAGAAUCAAUCCCGUGUCCUCGGCGCGAGCACCGCUUCCAUCUCGCCUUUGGAGAUCGCGAGAGAGGAGGACCAUUUGGAGGAGGAGUUGGGGUACCGCGUGCCCGGUUUGAACAACAACGGCGGUGCAGAAGGUGCAGACGCGGAGGACGUGCAGCUGGGAUGGUUGGUCAACGCCAGCGCGGUACGUUUUAGUAUUCGUAGUAUCUUCUUCUUCUUCUUCUUCUUUGUCUGCGUCGUCUUCGCGAGCGCGAUCGAGAUGCGAAAGAGCAGCCCGAGAGGGAAAAUUCAAAAAUUUUCAAACCUGUACCGAAAGAGGGCAGAUGAGAGAGCGCGCUUGAUUUUUUACCACCACUCUCGGACGACAACACACGAGCGGGAGGAGUCUGCCGGUCUUCUCAUCGUCUCAAAGUCGUCUUCGCGCUUUUCGUGUUCUUCUUCGUCGUUUACGCUCUUCUUGUUCUUCUUUUUUGUCUUCUCGGUUACGACGGUGGAGUGCAAACAAGCGCAAAAGCCGCACGCGGCGGUGAACUUGUACUUUUCCUGCCAAGACGGUUCCGUGUUCAAAGUGCAGAAGAAAUACGCGCCGUAUUUUAUGCUCGCGACUUCGCCCGGGAGCGAGCACGAGGUGGAGGCGUACGUGAGAAGGAAACAUAAAGAGCACGUGAAAGAGGUGGAGUUAGUGGACAAGGAAGAUUUGGAUUUGAAAAAUCAUCUGAGCGGGUUGAAGCAGACGUAUUUGAAGAUUUCGUUUUACACGCAGAGCGGCAUGUACGAGUGUCGGAGAGAGUUGUUGCCAAUCGUAGAGAAGAACAAGGCGAAAUCGAACGCAUCGGUGGCGUAUCAGGCUUUGCACGAGCAGGAUGCGUUAAAUGCGCACGAAAAUGGCGGUGGGAACGAUGCUAUGCAAACAGACGCGAGAGGGAAGAGGGUGUUUGAAAAUUCGAAAAAGAAGACGUUCACGGAUUACGAAGACGCGAUGUUGGAUAUCAGAGAGUACGACGUGCCGUAUCACAUGAGGUAUAUGAUUGAUUCCGAGGUGAGGUGUGGACAUUGGUACGACGUGAAAGUUGAAAUUGGUGAUGGAGAUGUAAUCAUUACGCACAGGCCAGAUUUGAAGAGAAGAGCGGAAGUGAGAGUGUGCGCGUUUGAUAUCGAGACGACGAAAUUGCCUUUGAAGUUUCCCGACGCCGAGUUUGAUCAAGUGUUUAUGAUUUCGUACAUGUUGGACGGGCAAGGCUAUUUAAUUAUCAAUCGCGAAGUUGUCAGCGAAGAUUGCGACGAUUUUGAAUACAAUCCGAAACCGGAAUAUCCUGGGCCGUUUAUCGUGUGGAACGAGCCGGACGAGAAGGCGCUAUUGCGCAGAUGGUUCGAUCACAUGCGCGACGCGCAACCGAACGUGUACGUGACGUAUAACGGCGACUAUUUCGAUUUCCCUUUCAUUGAAACGAGAGCGAAAAAACACGGGAUGUCCAUGUACCGAGAAAUUGGCUUUCGAGGGUCGGAUUCCGGGGAGACGAGGUCAAAGUUUGCUUUGCAUUUGGACGCCUUUCACUGGGUGAAGAGAGAUUCGUACUUACCGGCUGGGUCGCACGGUUUAAAAGCAGUCACGAAGAAGUUGUUGAAAUUUAACCCCAUCGAGGUCGACCCGGAAGAUAUGCUUCCAUUUGCGCGCUCGCAACCGCAAACUAUGGCGGCAUAUUCGGUAUCUGAUGCCGUGUCUACGUAUUAUUUGUACAUGAAGUACGUUCAUCCUUUCAUCUUUUCGUUGGCGACAAUCAUUCCGCUUACGCCAGAUGAAGUUUUACGAAAAGGGUCUGGGACGUUGUGCGAGUCUUUGCUCAUGGUUGAAGCGUAUCGGGGAAACAUCGUGUGCCCGAACAAGCAAAGAGGUGCGGGCGAACAGCAUUUCAACGGCCAUCCGCUGGAAAGCGAGACGUACAUUGGAGGCCACGUGGAGUGCUUGCAAUCGGGCGUGUUUCGCUCGGACAUUCCGGUCAAGUUCAAGCUGGAACCGAAAGGGUACCAAAAACUCAUCGACGCCGUUGACGACGAUUUGAGGUACGCGCUGGAGCACGAAGGUAAAGGAGCGACGGAAGAUGACGUCGAAAACUACAAAGAGAUUAGAGAAGGCAUCGUGAAGAAGCUGGAGGAAUUGCGCGAUAACCCGAACUGCGAGGUGAAUCCGCUGAUUUAUCACUUAGACGUCGCGGCGAUGUACCCGAACAUCAUCUUGACCAAUCGAUUGCAACCGAUGGCGAACGUGAACGAAGAUAUUUGCGCGUCGUGUGAUUUUAACCGUCCAGGUAAAACUUGCUUGAGAGAAAUGGAGUGGACGUGGAGAGGCGAACACUACUCCGCGACGAGCUCGGAUUACGCGCAAAUCAAAGCGCAGUUGCAGAUCGAAAGGUUUCCGCCGCUAAUUCCGGGCGAACCGAAACGGUUUUGGAAGGAUUUGAGCAGACAAGAGCAAGAAAUCGCAAAGAAGACGCGCUUAAAGAUGUACUCGCAAAAAGUGUACAGAAAAGUCAUGGAGAAGCCCGUGGUCGAAACGAAAAAGAGUUCGAUUUGCAUGAAAGAGAACAGUUUUUACAUCGAUACCGUGCGAACUUUUCGCGAUCGGAGAUACGAGUAUAAAGGGUUGAACAAACAAUGGAAAGGAAGACUGUCCGCGGCGAAACAGGAAGGGAACCCUAUCGAGACGAAAGAGGCGGCCGAUAUGGUGACGUUGUACGAUUCCUUACAGCUCGCGCACAAGUGUAUUUUGAAUUCUUUUUACGGGUACGUCAUGAGAAAAGGCGCGAGAUGGUAUUCUAUGGAAAUGGCUGGAGUUGUCACGCUCACUGGCGCGCGCAUUAUCCAAAUGGCAAAGCAACUCGUCGAUGACAUUGGUAUGCCGCUCGAGUUGGAUACCGACGGUAUCUGGUGUUGUCUUCCGGGUACGUUCCCGGAGGAAUACACGUUCGAGCCGAACAGCGACGGGUCCGGAAAGAUGAAGAAAAAAUUGAAGGUUAGCUAUCCGUGCGUCGUUCUCAACCGCAUGACCGAUUUGCUAACCAGAAACGAUCAAUAUCAAACGCUCGUCGACCCAGAAAAGCAAAUUUACAAGCAAUCUUCGGAGAUGUCCAUCGAGUUUGAAGUUGACGGUCCGUACAGGGCGAUGAUUUUACCGGCGUCGAAAGAAGAAGGCGUGCUGAUUAAGAAGCGUUACGCGGUUUUCAAUCACGACGGGUCUUUAGAGGAGUUGAAAGGCUUCGAAUUGAAAAGAAGAGGCGAGUUGAAGUUGAUCAAGGUGUUUCAAUCCGAACUUUUUGAAGAUUCCGGGAGUUCUCCAUUUUUAGGAGGGCAGACGCUGGAAGAGGUGUACAAGAGAGUAGGCGACAUCGCCAAUCGACUUCUGGACAUGCUCGACACGAAAGGAGAAGAAAUUGACGACGAACAACUCAUCGAUUACAUUUCGGAAUCGAGCGUUAUGAGUAAAUCGUUGGCAGAAUACGGCGAUAGGAAGUCCACGUCGGUGACGACGGCGAGAAGACUCGCACAAUUUCUCGAAGCCCCUGAUCUCGUCAAGGAUAAAGGUUUGGUGUGCAAAUACAUCAUCUCGGCGAAACCUCACGGCGCGCCUACUUCGCAAAGAGCCAUUCCGGUUUCCGUCUUUUCGAGCACACCUGCGGUCGCGAGGAAAUAUUUGCGAGAGUGGUUGAAAGAUGCUCCUCCGGGAGAAGCUGGCGAAAUGCCAGACUUGCGCGAUAUUCUCGAUUGGGAGUAUUACAAAGGUCGUUUGCGCGGCGCGGUGCAGAAAAUUAUCUCCCUUCCGGCAGCUUUGCAAAACGUCAAGAAUCCGUGUCCCGGCGUGGUGCACCCGGAUUGGUUAAAUAAGCGCAUUCGCGAACUCAAGGAUAAGCGCAAGCAGAUCAAACUCGAUUCCAUGACGGGCUUCAGCAGACAGACCAAGGAUGAAUACCUCGAGCAAUUGAACUUUUCGGAAGACGAGGACGAAGAAGAUACGAGAAACGAGGACAACGACAACGAUGAUGAACACGACAUGGAAGACUUUGGCGCGGCUAGAAUUACACCGGCGAGAGGCGCGCGCGUGCGCGUGUUCCAGAGACACCGCGACACUGGACACCAUCACGGCGGGCCCAGAACGCCUCCGAUUGGUAACAUGAAUUUGCCUGCACCGGAUCCAAACAGCGAUUACGCGUCGUGGCUCGAGCACGCCACGAAAGGCUGGCGCAUAAAGCGCAAGGAAAAGCGCGAGCGAAAACAUCGAGAAGAUCUCGAAGAUCAACGUCGCGAACGCGAGGGCCUUCCUCGUCAGAAGCGCCGUCACAGCGCAAACGACGAUAGUGUCAUCGGCCAAAUGGACUUGUUUCUCGAGAACGUCGACGAGUCUUUGGCCACCUCUCCGUGGCAGAUUGUCUCCAUCGAUGAUUACUCGCGAGGCAACGCGCCUUCAUCCUUGGAAGAUGGCGGCGCCGAAGUCGAAGAACCUCCGGCGGGCGUUUUCCGCGUCUGGGUCGUCGCCGAUGGCGCCAUGCGUUCCGUUUUGCUCUCUGCGCCGAGAAAAGUGUACGUUGCCACGCACCAUCCCGAUCCCGAAGGUGAUAGAGGUUUGAACGGGAAAAAGCGCGUCAACGUUGCGUUACCGCGAGCACAAAACACGAAUAAUUUCAUGACGGCAGACGGCACGAGCACGUUGAAUGUCUACGAAGUUGAGUUUGACGCUUCGAAAUUGUCCGCGGUUCAAUACGGCAGAGACGUCGCAGCGUUACUCGCGGAUAAAAACGUAGUUGGCGUGUAUGAACGAGACGUACCGUUAGAAGAUUGGUCGAUUCAAACCAUCGGGUGCGUCGCUCGAGUGAAGAGAGAAGCCGCGAAUGAAAUAUUAGACGAUUUGAAAAAGACGCACAAAGAAGGGUUGAAGAAGAAAGUGCAACCUAUGUUGGAAGUAUCCGCGACGAAUUUGGACAUGAAAACGACGACAGAAGUGAACUACUUGCCGUCUAUGAUGGACUUUACGGACGAUCGCGCGCUUUCAUCAAAGGGUUUGUUGCGCCACUGCUCGAUUUAUCACGCGGCGUUGGACGGCAAAGGCGUCUUUGCCGCACACUUUCCAAAGAGAGGCGGUAAAGGGACAUCGAAAGGUUUGCUCAUAUUGCUCCAACCUGGAGGAAAAUCGGUUCGCGAAGUUGACAGUGAAUUCGUUUCGGAAAUGUUUGAAGGCGAGAAAGGACGCGUCGACGGUAACGAGGAAAUGGAAGAAGAUCGAGAUUCUGAAAAGUGCGAAUGGCGCGUCAUUUACGCCAGGACGUCUGCGGCGGCAGCGAAAAACCUCAACGACGCAGUCUCUGAGUUUGCAAAUGCCUCGAACGGUCCAAGCGUCGUCUUGCUCGAAGCACCGCCUGUUGGUUACGGUAUUCCUGAAUUCGAUGACGACGACGACGCUUUCGCUUCCUCUUGCGCCGGCAUGAACAAGAACGCGAAAGCGGCGAAACGUUUUGAGAAAGUGCUCACCGCCUUAAAAGAUUCGCCCAUUCUAGUCGUCCCGUUCAACUCUGGCGACAUCGAGUAUCUCAGUGAAAAAGGCAUCGCGUGGCAACGCGACGCUGCGCAGUUAGCUGCUAUCCGUCUCGCGCACACCUCGAAACAUUUGGAGAAGUCUAUCCAAAUCUCCCGCUACGCGCACAUUCCUCUCUGUAAUCUCGAUUCGGACUGGUCCACGCACGUUUUAGAUACAUUCUUCGCGCGACGACUUCGCGAUGAACAUCAAGUUCUCUGGUCUGGGAAAAACGGCAAGCCAGACUACGGUGGUGGAUCAAUGGAUGAUCAGCUUAGUUCGACGUUGACUUUGGAAUCGAUGGAAUCGCCAAGAUGCGAACUUUCGAAAUCCGGCGUUUACAGAUCCGUCUGUUGCGAGCUGCGCGUCCAUCACUUGGUGGUUUGCGCCAUCGUGAAUUCACACAUCUUGAACGAUCUCGAACAAGGCGCGUUGUUAGGUUUCGAUGGAGGCAAUGCUACCGUCGCCGACCGCGGUGGACACGACGCGUCGAACGCGUUUCGGACGUUGAGGAAGAUGGUGGCAGAGAUGCUCCGAGACGCGUCAGAACGAGGCAACGAAAUCGCCGACGCCACUUUGGCGCAGCUUCGACGCUGGAUAUUUUCUUCCAAUUCGAGAAUGCGAGAACCGGGUUUACAGCAUUUGGUGGAGUUGUGUUCGAGAAAAGUGUUCACGUUACUCAUAUCAGAACUCAACCGAUUAGGCGCGGAUGUCGUUUUCGCGGAUACGCGACGCGUCAUCGUGUCGACGAAGAAGAAUUCGUUGGCCUCGGCGUCGGCAUUCAUCACGGGUUUACGUAACGCGUUAGGUACGCGGGAGUUAUUCAACUGGCUCGAACUCGAACCCACGAAGGUCUGGCACACGCUCUUAUUUAGAGGACCGCACGAUUUCGGGGGUUUGGCUGCAGACGAGACCGUCCUUCAGAAGUUGUUCUUGAACAACGGGGCUGGGGAGGCGCCGAUGGAGACGGAAAACGUCCCGACGGAUACACAACUCGAUCCACAUGCCGUCGAAGGGGACGAAGCAUCGCUCGAAAUGCACUGGAACAUCGCCACUUUUCUUCCAGAGGCGUUGAGCGAUCACUUCAAAGCGAUCGCUGGCGACUUUAUCGUCCUUCCGUGGAAACGCGAACGCGAACUCGGUCCCGAUGGUCGCUUCGGUGUCGCGAAAGAGGACAAAGACGUGUCUGCUGCGCAGACGGAUAGAAUAAAGGCACAACUGGAAGCACCAGAUGAUUUGAGCGAUUUGGAACUCAAUGAGGACGAUACCAAUGAAGAGAACGCGGACUCCGCCGCCGAGAGGAGGGCCGACGCCGACGAUGGGAAGGAGAACGCAACUCCAGAGCAAACGAAAAAGGAGAGUAAAUACCACGCGGACGACGCGAAUAACCAAAAUUUGGCUAGAAACAGACUCAAAGUUGAGGAAGAGAAAGCGACAUGGCUCUGUGCGCAAAUAGAUUCGCACUUUACGCCGAAAAUUCUCCAAGUCGCGCGCGGAUUUGAAAAGCACGCGUCGAGAUCCACGCACGGCGCUACUCGUCUCGACAAGAGGUACUUGUUCCCGGAAAAUUUGCCCGGAGCGCAUUUACCAAAUCACCUUCGAGGCAACGCGGCGUUAGCGUUCGUCAAAACAGUAAUUGCCGUGCUUUCUCUCGAUGACACGAUCGAAGAUGCGGUUGCCAGAUGUCGCAAAAAUGCACUCAAGUUACUCUCCGUUCCAGAGUUUGGUCCGGAAGCGAGGUUUCGCGAACCGUGCAUCUCUUUCGCGUUACGCGACGUCGUGUGCGAAUGUUGCGGCGACGUUCGAGAUUUAGAUUUGUGCAGAGAUCCAGAUUUAGCCGAUGGCGAGUGGCGCUGCGCGGAGUGCGAGAAUCGAUACGAUCUCCAGUGGAUUGAGAUGAAACUCUGUGACGAAGUAAACGCGCGCGUUCGCAAAGCGCAGACGCAAGAUUUGAAGUGCAAAAGAUGCACGAGAAUUAAAGUUGGUCACGUCCAGAACCGAUGCCCGUGUGGUGGUUUGUUCGAAACCACUUCUAAGCCGGGCGCCUUGCGUGAUGGUUUGCGCGUGUUUCGGAACGUCGCGAGAUGGCACGAAUUUGACGUUUUAGCUUCAGUCGUUCACUUCUGCGAAAAUCAAACUUAA